UUCUCCUCCACCGCCGCUGCACGGACGCGGCCGCGCGAGGCCCGGGCGGUGCAUGCGCUGCUCGUGACCUCCGGCGCGCUCCGCUCGUCCCCCUCCGCCCUGACCGCGCUCAUCUCCGCCUACUCCGCGCUCUCCCUCCCCGCGCUCGCCCUCCGCGCCCUCGUCGCCUCCCCUCUCCCCCCCAACCUCGUCUCCUUCAACGCCGCGAUCACCGCGCUCGCCUCCCACUCCCUCCCCUCCGCCGCCCUCGACCUCUUCCGCCGCCUCCGCCGCGCCCUCCCCGACGAACCCCCCGACGCCUUCUCCUUCCCCCCCGUCCUCCGCGCCUGCGCCGACCUCCCCGCGCCCCACGCCCACCUCCACCUCCGCGCCCUCCACGCGCUCCUCCUCAAGUCCCGACUCCACCGCGACCUCUUCGUCGCCAGCGCCCUCGUCCGCUCCUACCUCCGCCUCCGCCUCCCCGACGACGCCGCCCACCUGUUCGACGAAUGCGGCGGCGAGGCGGGCGCGCUGGGACCGGAGCGAGUCGGGGACGUCGUCCUCUGGAACGCCCUGCUCAACGGGCUCGCCCAGCUGGGCCGCUUCGGGCCCGCCCUGGAGUGCUUCCGCCGGAUGCUCGGCGCGGGCGUCGCCCCGAGCAAGUUCACCGUCACCGGGAUCCUCUCCGUCUUCACCGCCACGGCCGAUUUGGGGAGCGGGCGAAAGGUCCACGCUUUCGCCGUGAAAGCCGCGCACGACCGCGAGGCCUCGGUCGCCAACGCGCUCGUGGACCUCUACGGCAAGUGCCAUGAGUUGGGGGACGCCACAGAGGUCUUCGCCUCGAUAGCCGACGACGACAGGGACCUCUUCUCGUGGAACUCCAUGCUCUGCGCUCUGCACUAUUCAGCGGACAACGUCGGCGUCCUGCGGCUCCUCGCGCACAUGCGGCGCUCCGCCAUUUGGCCCGACGCCGUCACGAUGGCCGCCGUCCUCCUGACGAGCGGCAUGUUCGGCAACAACGGCGGCGGCUCGUUGGACGUGUUUGCCGCCAAUGCGCUGGAGGACAUGUACGCGAAGAGCGGCGCGCUGGAGGACGCGCGGCGCGUGUUCGACCGGAUGCCCGAACACGACUCUGCAUCGUGGAACAUCAUGAUCGACGGGUACGCGUCGCACGGGCGCGGCGGCGAAGCACUACGGCUGUUCGAUCGGAUGACGGCCGUCGAGAAGCUGGCGCCCGACGCGGUGACGCUGCUGGGGGCGCUGACAGCGUGCAGCCAUGCAGGGAUGGUGGAGGAGGGGCGCGCAUUGCUGCGGCGGAUGCGGGAGGAAUUCGCGGUGGAGCCCGAGGCAGAGCACUAUGCGUGCGCGGCGGACAUGCUGGGCCGGGCGGGGAGGCUGGAGGAGGCGAAGCAGGUGGCGGAGAAAGCCGGCGAGGCGGGGGCGUGGCGGGCGUAUUUGGCGGCGUGCAGGAUGCAUGGGGAGGCAGGGAUGGCGGAGGAGGCGGCGAGGCGGAUGCUGGAGUUCGAGGGGGCGGGGAGUGGGGGGUGGGUGUUGCUGGCAAACGCCUACGGCUCGGCGGGGAGCUUUGAGGGGUUGGAGGAGGUGCGAGGAGAAAUGAGGAGGAGAGGCGUGCGGAAGGCGGCGCCGGGGUGUAGUUGGGUGGAGGUGGGGGCCGUCGGCGUCGGCGUCGACGGCGCGGCGGCGGGGGAGGGGAGAACGGUGCAUGUGUUUGUGAGUGGGGAUAGGGAGCACCCGGAGAUGGAGAGGAUAUAUCAGAUGCUGCAUGGGCUUGUAGGGAGGAUGAGAGAGUGUGGCUACGUCCCCGAUUUAAAUAUUUAAACUAAACUU